CUGGAUGACUGGUUAGCUUGGUCAGUCGCUGUUCUCGGCUUUCACCUUGCCGAUAUACCGAUACCGCAACCGAUCGCGAAUCCGUUGAGAGAACCUUUGACAGGAACUCCACCAGCUGUUUAGCGACAACCUUAGUUACCCCGGUGACGAGUUACCCUCUUAUUUCAUGGACCGAUCCUUGAAGGUUCGGUACCGAUCACGCACGAUGACGACCACUUGAACCCUCGCGAGUGAACCAGUGCCUGAUCCCAGGGUGGCGAGGAUAGAAAGUGUAACGACAAUAACAACGGAGUCAACAGCUGCAAUUUUGAACCAGAAUGGCCAAAAUUCAGCAACAGAAUGGUGUUGUGCCAGGAGGAGGAAAUGGUGGAGUCGGUGACUUUUCGGAUGAUGAAAGUACACCCUUAACACAAGAUUAUGCAGAAAGCCACCGAACAGUCGUUGAGACUAAAGCAUGGGAUGUCUUCAGAGAUCCACCUCCAAAAAUCGACUCGGGGUCGAUGGCAAAUCAAAGAUGUCUCGAAGUGACAGUUCAAAUUACAAAAGUUAUCGUCUAUUUACUAGUCUUCGUCAUAGUUCUUGGCAGUGGGGUCAUCGCCAAGGGAACCAUACUUUUCAUGACUUCACAGCUGAAAGCCGAUCGGGCUGUAGUCUAUUGCAAUAUAGAAUUAGGCCGGGGUGAGCAAUUUAUAGUAAAGUUACCAGAAGAGGAGAGGAUAGCAUGGAUUUGGUGCAUCAUCAUAGCCUUUGCUGUUCCCGAAGUUGGGACUUUUAUUCGUAGUAUUCGAAUGUGUAUAUUCAAAUCUUGGAAGAAACCUCUUUCUUCACACUUUUUGCUUGUUUUCUUGAUGGAGAGCUUCCACGUUAUUGGUUUAGCUUUCAUGUUCCUAGCAAUUCUUCCUGAAUUGGACGUAGUCAAAGGCGCGAUGCUUACAAAUUGUGUCUGUUUCAUUCCGGGACUGCUUGGUCUUCUCUCGAGAAACAAGAACAAAGACGAGUCGAGGAGAUGUGUUCUCGUCCUGGUGGACUUAGCAGCUUUAGUUGCUCAAGCAACUGGAUUUGUAGUAUGGCCUUUACUGGACAGCUUAAAUCCCUCUUUAUGGCUAAUUCCGCCAGCUUUAAUCAUGAUUUCGUGUGGGUGGUGGGAAAACUACGUCUCGAUACGAAGCCCCUUAGGCAUAGUAAGAACACUAGGAAGAGUAAAAAAGGAACUAAGAGUCACAAGAUACUUUACCUACCUCUUCAUCUCUAUUUGGAAAAUAAUCGCCUUCUUCAUCACUUCGAUUCUAAUUCUCCAAACAAAAGGCGAAAACGUCGGUCACCUUUUUUCAAUGAUGGGCGCUGCUUUUGGGAAACACAAAAUCAUCGUACAAGCUGUCAGGCAAACUGGAACUUCAACUUUAACCGAUUUGGCAGAAAUAGUUCUAAAUGGUGAAACUGUGGCAACAGAUUCCGAUUUCAAUACUCCAGUUUACGUACUCUUAUUGCAAAUUUUCGGGGCCUACUUCGCCUACGUAUUUGGAAAGUUCGCCUGCAAGAUCCUGAUUCAGGGUUUUAGCUAUGCUUUCCCAGUGAGCCUGACGAUUCCAGUUACCAUAUCGUUGCUCAUCGCUGCUUGUGGUAUUCGCAAUGGCGACCCUUGUUUCUUCCAUGGGACAAUACCUGAUUAUCUCUUUUACGUAUCGCCGCCUUUGUACUUCCUUAACGAUUUUAUUUCCAAACAAUACGCCUGGGUUUGGUUGCUCUGGCUGCUCUCCCAAACUUGGAUUACUCUUCAUAUUUGGACUCCAAAAUGCGAACGUUUGGCUGCAACAGAGAAACUUUUUGUGGUACCGAUGUACGAUUCUUUGCUGAUUGACCAGUCAAUGGGACUCAAUCGAAAGAGGGAUGAUCAACCGGAAGUCAAAGUCGAGGAUUUGGCUGAAAUCGAGAAGGAAAAAGGCGAUGGAGAUUACGAAACAAUCUACGAACAAACUGACGGAACAAAUACUCCUCCAUCGGCAGUUAAAAAUAGUGAUCACGUGACAAGGAUAUAUGCUUGUGCGACAAUGUGGCACGAGAAUAAAGAAGAGAUGAUAGAAUUUUUGAAGAGUAUCCUACGAUUAGAUGAAGAUCAAUGUGCGAGACGGGUAGCUCAAAAAUAUCUGAAAGUUGUCGAUCCUGAUUAUUAUGAAUUCGAAACUCAUAUAUUCUUCGAUGACGCUUUCGAGCUUUCUGACCACGACGAGAAUGAAUCUCAGGUUAACCGAUUCGUGAAAUUGAUGGUCGGAACUUUAGACGAGGCAGCUUCUGAUGUUCACCAAACUCGGAUGCAUGUGAGAGCACCAAAGAAAAUUCCAACUCCUUAUGGUGGAAGAUUAAUUUGGACUUUGCCGGGCAAAACGAAAAUGAUAGCCCAUUUAAAAGACAAGAGUAAAAUUCGUCACCGAAAACGUUGGAGUCAGGUGAUGUACAUGUACUAUCUACUUGGUCAUCGAUUAAUGGAAUUGCCAAUCAGCGUUGAUCGGAAAGAAGUUAUCGCAGAAAACACAUAUUUGCUAACUUUAGAUGGUGAUAUCGAUUUUCAACCUUCAGCUGUGAAAUUGUUAGUGGAUUUAAUGAAAAAGAAUAAGAACCUUGGAGCGGCUUGUGGGCGAAUUCAUCCCGUUGGUUCUGGUCCGAUGGUUUGGUACCAGAUGUUCGAAUACGCGAUUGGUCAUUGGCUUCAAAAGGCGACAGAACAUAUGAUUGGAUGCGUUCUUUGUAGUCCUGGAUGUUUUUCCCUCUUCAGAGGGAAGGCUUUGAUGGACGACAAUGUGAUGAAGAAAUAUACAACCAGAUCUGAUGAAGCUAGACAUUAUGUGCAAUACGAUCAGGGCGAAGAUAGAUGGCUUUGUACUUUACUGUUGCAAAGAGGCUAUCGAGUCGAGUAUUCAGCUGCAAGUGAUGCCUACACUCACGCCCCGGAAGGUUUUAACGAAUUUUAUAACCAACGUCGUCGUUGGGUGCCUUCGACUAUAGCCAAUAUUAUGGACUUGCUCAUGGAUGCGAAACGUACUAUCAAAAUAAAUGAUAACAUCUCUCUACCUUACAUUUCCUACCAGAUUCUUCUCAUGGGUGGUACUAUUCUUGGACCAGGAACCAUAUUCCUUAUGUUGGUGGGGGCUUUCGUCGCCGCUUUUAAGAUUGACAACUGGACCAGUUUCUACUACAAUAUCAUUCCAAUUCUUUUAUUCAUGAUUAUUUGUUUUACGUGUAAGGCUAAUGUUCAGCUGAUAUGUGCGCAAAUAUUAUCAACGGCUUACGCGAUGAUUAUGAUGGCCGUGAUAGUGGGAACGGCCCUCCAGCUUGGCGAGGACGGAAUGGGUUCUCCGUCCGCUAUUUUCUUGACAUCCCUCUCGACUUCGUUCUUCAUAGCAGCUUGUCUUCAUCCCCAGGAGUUUUGGUGCAUCGUUCCGGGUCUCAUUUACCUUCUCUCAAUUCCCUCUAUGUACCUUCUUUUGAUCCUUUACUCCAUAAUUAAUCUAAACGUGGUCUCCUGGGGUACUCGUGAAGUUCAAGUGAAGAAAACCAAGAAGGAACUUGAACAAGAAAAGAAGGAAGCUGAGGAAGCAAAGAAAAAAGCGAAGCAGAAAUCUUUGUUAGGCUUUUUGCAAAACGGAGCUGGGAAUAAUGAUGAUGAUGAAGGUUCGAUAGAAAUUUCUUUGGCAGGAUUAUUCAAGUGCAUGCUUUGCACCCACGGAAAACCUUCUUCGGAGAAACAACAGCUUGUGGCGAUCGCUGAAUCACUUGAGCAUUUAGGAAAACGACUUGACACUAUUGAAAAAGCUGUCGAUCCGCAUGCCCACAUAUCCGGAAGAAGACGAGCAUCUUCGGUAGGUUCACGAACAGCAGAUCACCUCGGUGCCAUUGGUGAAGACCCAGCAGAAGAUGAUGGUCGUGACAGUGAAACGGAAACUGUUGCUAGUCAAACUACCGAUGGAAAUCGUGAAGGAAACUUUCUGUCCAGGCCCUUUUGGCUUGAUGAUGAUGGACUCAAAAAUGGGGAAGUGGAUGUUCUUAACCUCCAGGAAGAACAUUUCUGGAAAGAUCUUUUAGAAAAGUAUCUUUACCCCAUCGACGAUGACAAGGCAGAGAAGGCUCGAAUCGCCAAAGACCUAAAGGACUUGCGGGACCAGAGCGUCUUUGCGUUCUUUAUGAUUAACGCCCUCUUCGUGCUGAUCGUAUUUCUUAUGCAAUUAAACAAAGACUUGUUGCACGUGAAAUGGCCCUUCGGUAUCAAGACCAACAUCACUUAUGAUGGGACUUCCCAAGAGAUUCACAUCACAAAGGAGUAUUUGCAGCUAGAACCGAUAGGACUCGUAUUCGUGUUUUUCUUUGCGCUGAUUUUGGUCAUCCAAUUCACUGCCAUGUUGUUCCAUCGAUUUGGAACACUGGCCCAUAUUUUGGCGAGCACGACUCUGAACCUCUAUUGUUGCAAGAAGCCCAAAGACCUUUCGGAAGAAGCUUUACUGUCAAAGCAUGCGGUGGAAAUUGUGAGAGAUUUGCAGAGAUUAGAUGGAAUGGAGGGAGAUUAUGAUGAAGGAAGUGGAAGUGGACCUGGAAGGCGAAAGACAAUUCGAAAUUUGGAAAAGAGUCGCAGAAAAACUCAGGCGAUAAACACUCUCGACGUUGCUUUCCGACAACGUUUCUUCAGCAUGGCAGAAGGCAAUGGUUUGCCACGAAAUAUGUCAACAAGACGUUCCACAAAAGCAUUUAAAGCAUUCGAGGGUCGUCGAAACAGCAUCAUCGCAAUGAGACGAAAAUCCCAAAUGCAAACUCUGGGUGCAAACAACAUUUAUGGGGCACCAGGAAAUGUCCUUGGAAUUCAAGGUCGUCCAACGAGAAGUAGUCAAAUAUCGGUCAAGGACGUCUUCGAAGGUCACAGUGGCCAUGUAAAUUCUGCAUAUGAAGCCGAAGAUAGUCCAGGAAACAGCCUCAGACUUCAGACCCUAGCUGGACCAAUUGUUUGGAGAGAACCUAACAACUUGUAAAAACCUAGAACCUAAAUUAGUAAGUCUUCCAAAGACUUUAUUAUCUUGACCAAAUUACCAAAUCAGAAUUCUGUAAGAAAAGAAAUGACGACUUUCUUCUUUUAAGUCCAGGUUUCUAAAAUAAUUUUUUCCUUUGGGAAGAUAAAGACCGAAUUUAUGAAACCACUUUUGAAUUAGAGACUGAAGUUCAAUGUAUAACGUUGCAUUUUUCACUGUCCUUUUCUUUUUUUUAAUCUUGCACUAGACUUACUCUUCACCUAUUUCUUUACUUAUUAGACAAUAAUCAAUUUACAGACUUUUAUAUAUGCUGAAAUACUCUCAUUGUUUAAACUUCCUAAAUCGAUUGACUGAUUCAAUUCAAACCUUCAAUUAAAAAAUAAUACUCAAUUCUUCUAUCUAAUUUUAAGAAACUGAGAUUCUUUCAAAAUACAAAAAGAUAAGUGUCGAAAUUUAGUCAAAUUAUUCGAUAUUUUCGAAUUAGUUUAAAUUAUUCUUGUUCCUUUUAGAUUCUUAGGAAUCUUCAUUGAUGGAUUUAUUUUAUAUGUAAGCUUCGAUACAUGAACAGAAGAUGUAUAUAAAAAUGCACGCAUUGUACAGAAUGUUAUAUGUGGUAAGAAAAUGUGCAUAAUGAGAAAGUAAAAUAUCCGUGUGAAACUGUAAACGUACAGGCGCGUCUCACGUCUACGCUUAUUCGUCACUUGCUGUUCUAUGUGAUACCACAAAUGUAUUUAAAUUAUGAUUGAUUUGUGCAUGGCUGUGUGAGAGUUUGUGCGUGCAUGAUUGAGUGUCAGGAGCACAAUAACGUAUGAAAAGAAAAACUAUGUAAAAAUAAUUGUAGAUAACUUUCAUUUUCAUUUAAUAAUAAUAAUAAUAAU